AUGCGUGGAUUGAAUAUAGAGGAUCCCAAAGAUGAGCCCCAGACCAGUGCGAAUGUCCACUUCUCUACUCCGGAUAUUGGCCCAAAUGCUGGCAAGGCUUUGAGCAGAAUUCCUGACAGCAAUGCAACCCUCGGCGUUACGGUCAGCACCUCAGAGCGGCCCCUUUCAUCGAGCCAACUUCCUAAGCCCCGAGAUUCUAUGCUGGAAUCUCUGGCGCGCCACGUUGAUACUCCCUCUGUUCGCCAGACCAAGACUUCUGCAAUGCGACUGCGACGUUCGAUCGGCAAGACAGCCUGGGGAUCCAGUGAAAAGAAACAAGAGAAAGAGAGUCGUCUCCAUUCGAUCCGAGAAAAGGCUCAGUCUUCCUCAAUGGCAAGAGUGAGACAGGUAUCCCCUGGAGGCCCUUUCCGUUCAAACUCACGUGGUCGUUAUGCGGUCACGACUCGGGGCUCUCCAUACGCGAUUCCAUCUCGAUUCAAUACGAAGCUGAGCAAGACUCUGCCAGACACUGAACACAAUACAGACACUGCUCGGAAUUCGGUCGUCAAAUCGCCCACUAAUCUACGGCAAUCACAGGGCCGGGACGCUGCUACCCGGCAGAGUUCGAUUCCCUUACCAAGCCGGAGCAACCAUCCAGGGCAGGGCUUGAACGAUGACGGUGCCAAUCAUGAGGGACGCCGCUUAAAGUUGCACAAAGACAUGAAUGCGGGCUGGCAAGACUACGAGGCAGCGGCUCCCGCAGGGAGCACAGCUAUGGCUAGUAUGCCUGGCACGCCCCAACCGAAUCACUCGGACGCCCGUGAUGGGCCUACCGCUGAUAAUGCUGAGCUUUUGAGCAUGAAAGAAGUCUUGUCAACACCAGCUCCUUGUGAUGACGAUUCUGUCAUCGAACAUGAGGCCUCUGGAGCUACUGUCCAUGGCUCUGACUCUCUCGGCGGCUUCCGAGUCAAACGUGUCCGAAACACCUCAAAAGGAGGACCCACGCUUCGUAUCACCGAUUCGGCAACUCGAAUACUCUUGGGUGAUGAACACGAACCCGAUACCACCGGAGAUGGAGAGACGACUCUCCCUUUGAGGCACAAGGCAAGCGCUCCAGACCUGCGCCGGCCAUCCGCGGUGAAAGAACCAUCAUCUCGACGGACCAGUGCGCUGUUGGCGCGCCCUCUAUCGUUUGCCCGAAGCAUAGCGGACCGAUCACAGACCUACGUCAAGGGAUCAGAUGAUGAAGAGAUUCAGAAGCUCAUCAACGCCGACGGCUUGGAUGGAAGUGGACUGCCCGCUGAACUUCCUGGCAGUGAUGUGGCUGUUGAGCAGCACUCAGCCUUUAAGUCGCAGACUUCUUUGAAUACUGUGGAAGCAGCUCCGACAGAUGUGCCUGAAAAGAGUGGCACGUCGAGUCUCACUCAUGGGGACUGGCCUUGCAAAGAAUUUGCCGAUUUCAACAUUUGCGCCGACUCAUCGGUAGAAGCUUCGGAAGAGAAGGUUACACCUGACCCUACCCUGGCAGAGAUGGGUAAACCGUCGUCCAGCCAAGCUUCUGUCCGUUCAAGGCCAUCCACCAUCGUUCUACGGCAAGCACCUACAAAAGAAAUAUCACCGUUCCUCUUUCAGGAUCUUGAACAAGAGAAGGCGAGCCAGGAAAGAUAUCUGAAAAGCAUGGUGGAUAAGACCAAAGAUCCAGAAAGUAGUGUGGUAUCAAGUUCCGGAUUUCCUCCUCGGAUAUCGUCACGAAAGCCGAAGCCACCACCGAUCAUCGUCUCAUCUCCAGAGAAAGGGCCCUCAGUCAAUCCCUCCCGGUACCAAGCUGCGACAGCGUACGGAGUUGCCGCAGACACUAUCCGGAGACCUAAAGAUGUCAAGACAUUCUCUCAGAGUCUCAGUCCAAAAACAGACUCUUCCAAAGCGAGAAAGGCGUCCCACAAAUUGACGUAUAGUCCCUCUACUAGCAGCAAGAAGGUCAUUUCUAACAUACGCGGACUCUUUCACAAGCGCUCAAUUGAAUCCACAACAAAUGAAAAUACCACCAUAUCUGAGACCAAGGUAUCUGGCAAAGCUCGUCUCCUCCAGGGAUCUAUGCGACGAAAGCCAGUACCGGACCACAAAUUAACCAACCCCCUGUCGUCGGACGCCCAAGGAACGACUGACCCGGACACGAGCAGCGCUCGUGACAACUCAACCCGAGGAGAGCGCUCUGUCCUGCGCAACCCCUUUAUCAGCCCUACCACCCCGUUCACCGCAACUGUCAGACCGUCCCCUAACCCGCAAUCGCCCUCACUGGCGAAAUUUGCAUCUCCGGCUGUCGCGUCCCGAUCUCCUACAACACCUGGGACUUCGCCUUCAUUGUCCACAACGACCGGUCUUACACACUCUCUUCUAGACCUCGCACGCGCGGAGACAAACGCUCAACGCAAGGCAUCCCUGAUUGAGCUAUCCAAGUGUAUGGUUGAAGUGGUCAAUUCGGCGCGAGAUGCCGAGAAGGCAAUGGAGAAGGCCAAGAUGGAAGCUGCACGAGCCGAGGUAUCCUGGCUCAAAGUGCAGAAGGAAGUGGGAUCCGUCGAGUGCUCUGUCAGAGGACUCUUGGAGUUGGAUGAUCAACCCAAGGGUUGA